CAACCACCGUGGCGCGGAGUUCAGCACUGGAUAUAUAGCUCAUCUCAAGCCUCAAGGCUCCAUAGCUACUUCGCGAAUUCGUAAAUAAACAUGAUGCGGAUAUCAUACGUAUCAGAGCCGCCGUACGGUGGCGCAAGGCUGCUGACUACAAAGUACGUUUUACCAAAAGUUUCACAGCUUUGUCUACCUUCAUCUACCCACCACAACCCACUUGCCAAAUAUUACUCGAGGUUGACUUUACAGCGAUAUGUCGCAAAUCUCAGUCAAACACACCAAUCGACGACAACCUCGACUUGCUCACGAAUGUGCAGUAGGCGAAUUAUUCGGUCGCGCUCCAAUCUAUGACGCCAUCUUCUCUUGCGUCUCGCCCCGCACGCUUGUACGCAUUGGUUGCUGUUGUCGUGCUGCGUAUGUUGCAUCCAAGGACUUCUCUCAUCGUGCCUACAACAUCCACCGGCAUCUUUCUCGGUAUCUUUCCGAACCUCUUAAUUUUCGCAGCUUACAAGCGCGUACCGGGACGCUUAUUGCGGGCUCCAACGCACUUCAAUUUCUGGAUCGGUCGUUUUAUCCCAAAUCUGACAUGGACCUUUACGUGCAUCCAGGGCACGUGAGAGAAGUGUUGGACUAUCUUGUUGAAAGAGAAGGAUAUAGGUUCAAGCCGGACUCGACUCAACCCCAGGAUUACCGUGAAAUCGUGUCUGAUGAAUGGGAUGGUACUCAAAUCCGCGACGAGUCCCCCGAAGAUGACGAGCUCUUGCUAUACUACCAAAUCAGAGGAGUCGAAUCUGUACUGACAAUCGAGAAAAGUGGCCCAGAUGGCCUUUUGAAGAUCCAAAUUAUAGCAUGCGAGACGAGCCCAUUCGAUGCCAUUAUAAAUUUUCAUUCCACCUGCGUUAUGAACUUCAUAGCCUUCGAUGCCGCUUAUUCUCUGUAUCCAGUGGCGACUUUUGAAAAGAGAGAUACUCUCUCAGUUUGGAGGGCGAGACCGCUGCAUGACCUUACUGUCGUGAUCAAGUACGGCGAACGCGGCUUCGCAUGGAUUUCCACACUACCGGGCGGUACUUCUCCACAAAAUUCUGCCUUCCAUCCUUUCACAGACCGCACCGUCGGAGACCGUUAUACUUGGAAACUGCCUCUGGACACACGCGGGGUCGUUUUGCGUCCACAGAUGAACCCUUCUUCUUCCAUUUUCCAGUGCGAUCCUGUCAUCUACAACGGCUGGGCUUUGGAACGAGUACAACACGGAAUGGGCACCGUCUACAAGGCAAUCAAAUCGUCGGUUUUCCGGUACAACUACACGACUACCAACUACAAGCUGAACUUCAAGCUUUGGUUGUUUGCAAUCGAACAGGGCUUUUUGAGUCGCAUACUACUGCAAAAUAAUUUGCUGGACAAGGAGAGCUGGCCGUGGUGCGUUGACACUAUUGUCGCUUAUGCUUUAUGAAGUUUGACUUUGAUUCGUCUAUGAAGGUUCGACACUGAGAUUGCCAGUUCCUGGGAAACUUUUAAGGAUGAUUUUCUGUCCUUCAUUCGACGGGAUUCCACUUGAUACAAGACUUCCUUCAUACCACUUGACAGUUCUGAC